AUGCACAAAAACAUAAUUUCAUUGCUUUUUACUUUUGCUCUUCUAUUAUCAUAGGCUUAAUCUUCAAAGCAGUUUAGAGCUAUGAGAUAAGAAGCUUUAUAAAAUGCUGAAAGUUAGACCUAUGAUGAAUCUAAGCAAUUUAUCUAAGUUUAAAAUGGUGAUUUAAUCAUAAAAAAUGAUGGAACUUUGAAUAAAAAAGCAACUGAGCUAAUUUAAUCUGGUGUUAAAGCAACAGCCAGUAGCUUCUUUGAUGCAGGAUAGGCUAAUUGCUUUAACUAAUGUUAGUAGACAUACAAAGGCUAGGUUUACUGGUAUCCAGAAUACAGCAAGUAUUUUUGUUGUGCAACUUAUGUGCAUAUACCAAUUCCUGGAAAUUUAGGCUGGUACAAGUAGUCAUGUGCUCCAGUAUAUCUGAACUGUUGA